AUGGCGGUAUUGUACGGCGGGGGGUGGGGCGUCCCAUUUCCACCAAACUUCCUGAAGAUAGCGAAGGAGAUUCUAAAGCGUCUCUUCCGCGUCUACGCCCACAUCUACAAUCUCCAUUUUCGAGAGGUACAACUUCUUGACGAGGCCACUCAUCUCAACACAUCUUUCAAGCAUUUCGUAUACUUUGUACUUCUGUCUUUGCAGUUUACCCAUUCAAUGGUUCAUAUCCCUAGUUCAAAAAGCUCUGUUGCUUGUUCCGUUCCGAAGGAAUUCGAUCUGGUUCCACCAAUUGAACUAGAAGCCCUACAACUUGUGAUUGACGCUCUGACAGCACCAAAACCUGAACGACCUCAUGCUAGUGGAAGCAGUCACCAUCAAUCCAGUGGUGGCGGUAAAAAUCAACCACCCAAUGGUGUUAUCCAGUCCGAACCUCUCCCUCCCUCCCCAUCAUCUGCCAAUCGAAAUUGA